UAACAUCUUAGACACCUAUAGUCUUUUAACAUUGCGAAACACUUCGUAAAAUUGUGGCUUGGUUCUGGUUCCAUAGAAUAAAAAGGAUCUAUAGGAGGGUUUAUCGUUUCAAUUUUAUAAAUGCAAUGCAAGUGCGCUCCAUUCGAAAUCUAAGCACUGGGUUCCGACGUUCAGCCUCCAAAGGUGCCACAUCCAAACCUCAACCUUCAUCUUCUUCUUCUUCAACCUCGUUAUGCCUUUCGGAACUUGAUGAGGAUUUCACGCUCUCAAGCCUCAAGCUUAAACAACCCUCUGAUUCGGGUGAUUCGGCUAACGGGGUGUUUAAGCAUAUUUCUUCUAUUUUCCAUGCUGGUAAGUCAGCCAAGAAACCUGGUUCUACGGAAAUUGAUGGGGCAAAGGAGUUUGAAAGAAUGCAAAAUCUAUCGUGGUUGUCGAGCAUCUCUCAGAACAAUAUAUUAUUGCAACGGAAAGAGCAAUCUCAUAAAAAGAAACAAAAAUAUGUGUUUGAAGUCUCUCAAGAAAACCGUUUUCAGAAGUUAGUUGAAGUCUCUGCAAAAAUGCUAGGACCAGAGGCUACCCUUGAAUUGUUUGGUAAACUUGGACGAAAACCAGAUGCGAAAGGAUACAGUGCAUUGGUAGAAAUGUGCAUAGAUAAAGCCAGGGAAACUGAUGAUGAAGGCAUCGCAAUAGAACUGGGGAAGGUUUUUAACCUUUUUAAAUCAAUGAGGGAACAAGGUUUAGAGCUAGAGGAGCAGACGUAUUGCCCACUUCUUUUGUUUAUAAUUGAUAUGCGUAUGGUUGAGGAGUUUCAGUUUUUCUAUGUUAUUAUCAAAGAGGAGAAUCCCGGUUCAGUUGCAAGGCUGGGUUACUAUGAAAUGUUGUUGUGGUUGAGAGUUAAUAACGAAGAAAAGAUUCAGAGUAUUUGUAAUUAUAUUGCAGAGAAUGACAGUGAGGACAUGUCUGAUAUACGAGAGAAUGUUCUGUUGGCUCUUUGUGAAAGUGAACGGACAGAGGAGAUUUUGAAGCUGUUGGAAAUCAUAGACAUAAAAGACCUUUCAUCUGCUGAAUCUGUAGCAAUGGUAUUUCAGGCAUUAGGAAGAUUACUAUUGGAACCUGUGGCAGAGAAGUUCCUUUUUUACUUAAAAAAUAGUGAUCAUGAAGCAAAUAAUGUUACAAACUUCAUUGCUUGCUAUGUUGUUAGCAUUCCAAAUUUAUUGGUUGAGGAUGUCAAAAAAAAGUUCAAAGACUUGCACCAAAGACUAGAAGUUUCACCUUCAUCCUCAUCAUACGAGAAGAUCAUUUUACAUAGCUGUGCAUUGCACAAGGUGCAUGUAGCACUUGAUAUUGUCAAUGAAAUGUGUGAAGCAGGUUUGACUCUAUCAACUGAGGUAUUACACUCAAUGUUACAAAUUUGUGACGAAACAUCUGAAUAUAAUUUGAAAAACAUCAUUGAUGGGGUGAGGGUCCUUGAGCACAUGCCUUGUGCUGAUAUAAAACCGGAUUCAUAGAGCUCAGCUACCUAAUUAGAAACUCUAAACAUGAAGAGGAUAGAGUGAAUGUGACCUUAAAUCAAUUGAUACCGCAGAUGAGCUUGAAUCAAGUCAAGGCUAUUCUUAUCUCAUCUGAGUACUUAGGCCACAUGGGAAAUUGUCUGAGGCUCUUGUUACUUAUGGGGAAAUCAACCAAGCUAGUUGCAAUCUGGAGGCAAAAGAUGUUCAGUCUCAUUGUAAGGUUUUGAAUUCAUCAGUAAUUUAUGUAAUUUUUAACUUGCAAGCCUUCAUAAUCAAGCCAUUGGACAUUCCCUGGAGCACUCUCAUUCCGAGGUGAGUUGAUAGGUUGCGUCCCUUCUACUUGAGGAAUUAGGUGAUUCAUACAGACAAUUGAAAAGAUGUUUGCUGCAGAAUCAUCUUUGUAUUCUAUUUCGAAUAAGCAUUUAAGGUUCUUUCUUUCCCUUCACUUUCUUGAAUUUCUAUGACUAAAUUUAUUGUGCAAUUUACUUUAUGUUCAUUGUAUUUUGUGUCAGUUCUGCAGUGAAGUUGGGCAAUCUGCUCAAGGAUAAGUUCCAAAAUGAUGAGCAAGUUAUGGAAGUUCUCUAUUAUAAUAUUGGCUCUGACUUCCUUUUCACUUAAUUUGUACAAUUCAAUAACAAGAAACAUAGUUGACUAUGUUGAGUUAUUGUUGUAGUUUGUGCAAGUCUGAAACGCUUUCAAACAGCUAUGUUGUGUUUGGACCUUGAAGUAUUGUAAAUUGGAUGUGGAAAGAUUUUCUGGGUUUUCCACCUUCAUUAUGAUGCUUGUUCCAUUACUCCACAUUUGUAUUGACAACAUUUGUCUUUAAGUGUAUAGGUAUUUUCUCUGA